GCUGCCUGCCAGGAAGCAGUGAAGUCUACUCAUCCUUCCCUCCCCUCUGGCUCUGACCCAAGAACUUCCUCGCUGAAGUUCUCAAUUCCACCCAGCUCCGCCCUGCUCCCUGCAGCCUUGCCUCUGCAUACUCCCCUGGUCCCAGAGGAAAGCAGAUGAUGUCCACAGACAUGGAGACUACAGACGUCCGUGAGGUGGACCCUGAGGCCCCACAACCCACCCAGAUUAACGUGCACAUCCAUCAGGAAUCUGCUCUUGCCAAACUUCUGCUGGCCGGAUGCUCAGUGCUAAAGCUUCCAGCAUCUGCCUCGGCCCGGAGCCUGGGCAGCAGCAGCAGGCUGCUGGUGGCCUCCUGGGUGGUGCAGAUAGUGCUGGGGAUUCUGAGUGUGGUUCUGGGUGGAACCCUCUACACCUGCCAGAAUUUAGUAGUGGAUAUGUCGGGCGCCCCUUUCUGGACUGGGAUCGUGGCUAUGCUGGCUGGAGCUGUUGCCUUCCUUCACAAGAAAUGGGGUGGCACCUGCUGGGCCCUAUUGAGGACCCUUCUCGUGCUGGCAAAUUUCUGCGUGGCUGUGGCCGCCAUUGUUCUUGGGGCUCGUAGGUUCAAUCAUUUCCAUUACUAUCUUGGAAAUUAUAUCUGUAAAGACUCUUCUUCAGAUCGCUGGUUCAAACCCGUCAGCACCCCAGUUCCUGAAGAAGCUGAUAGGAGAAGCUUGUGCAUACUCUACAUAAGCAUGCUAAGGACCUUGCUCCUGAGCCUCCAGGCAAUGCUCUUGGGCGUCUGGGUGCUGCUGCUUCUGGCCUCUCUCACCCCUGUAUGUGUUUUCUUCUGGAAAAGAUGCUUCACAAAGGCGAUGAGAAGAAACCUCUGGGUGCAAGUGUGAUCUAGCCCUGCCUGUCCACUCGCUCUGGGUGUCCCUCCUUCAGAGACCUGAAAGAAGAGCCAGAGAGGAGUAAAAGGACCCGACCCCACUGUCAGGGCCACGGCCACUGCCUGGCUCCAUCCAGCACCACAGCAGCACUUGCUCACUUCUCCUUUACCCUCGCCAUGCUGGGUCCCUUCUCAGGCAGUGACUUGGUAAUAAACUCUUGUGUAUUGUUUGUCCCUCCA